UCGCUAUCCACCACUCUGUUCGUACAAUUGACAACAUCCCUUAUUCACUUGCGACGAACAUUCACAGUUCAUAAUGGCCUAUCAAAGACCUCUUGAAGGGGCUCUUGACAAAGCGAUCUCGGAUACGCAUCGAAAGGUAGAUGAGCCUACUGACACGGGAAAAGACCAAAAGGCUAAGAACACCGGCUUCAGAGUCGAAAAAUAUACUAUCACUCCAGAUUAUUUUGGUCCCUAUGCUAAUGCGCCAAUUUCCCCGGUGCUUCCUCCUCGGUCUACCAUGUUUGAAUGGCAUAAAUCACAUCGAAGGGUACCUGCAACGGUUGAUAAGGUGUUAAUUAAAGAACUCUAG